AUGGCUUCCUUUACGCCUUUAAAUGCAGCAGGUGAAGAUUUGGAUAAGGAAAAGCGCACCUUGGAAAUUCGGAUUGAAGAAGCCCUCCAGAUAUAUCAAAAUGCCCUAGUCGCACAAAAAGAAAAUGAUUGGGACCUUGCUUCCAAAAAUUAUGAAGAUUUGCUCAAUCUUCGACUUCUCCGUAAGCCCAACGUUUCUCAUCUAUCACGAAAGCCCAGAAAUAAUGCACUUUUGCUCCUACAUUAUCUUGUUCGAAAAAACCAUGGUGAGUUUCUCUUUUCUAGUGCCCUUUCUAAAAAGUUCCCAUUCUCCUCUGAGGCGGACGUUAUUACUUUAUGUCGCCAGGCCAUCAAUGAUUUUUCCAUUGCUCUUGCUUGCGAUCCCAAUGACAUUGAUUUAUGGACCAAAGUGGCCGAGCUGGCAGAAAAAUUGCAUCUUUCGAGAGUUUUAAGGUUUGCGCUCGAGUCCUCCUUAUACACGGGCUAUGAGUCUUUUGAUCCUGCAUUAUCUUUAAUGAAACCAGAUGAGCUGAACCCUGGAAAACUGGCAUCCCUCCAAAAGUUAUGCUCAAUUUUGAAACGAUUUCAUGUCCAACGUAAAGAUAUUCCAAAACUCGACUUUUUUACGCUGACUAUGUAUACACUACCCCCUCAUUUCCCUUUCAUACCAAAUGUCCCUUCUACUCGCCGUUCUCUUGAAGUUUCUGCCAAAGUGAAAGCCGUAUCUCUUCCCACAGAAUCUUUGCAUGGGAUCUUAGACUUGAUACUAAAUCUACUGCGACUUGUAGAAAAGCGUUUACCUUCCUAUGCUAUGCCUUCCACAACCAUAUUUCUUAUAAAUGCCGCUAAUUUAACAUCACUAAACGAUGACCUUGAUUCUACUGAUUCAGAAGUAUGGCCUGAAUCAUCCGAAAAUGUUGUUACAGACGACCUAAUAUAUAGAUUGUUUACUAAACAGGAUCCUAUUUAUGCCAAUGACAUUGUCCCUCCUCCUUUACCAUCGAUAGCUUCCAAAGGUCCUAAAAGACCAGCCGAUGAUUCAGAAGUAAGGAGUAGUAAACGUUCACGCGGUCGUGAACCUCGUGUUUCGUCAGAAACAAGUCUUUUCCUUUCCAUUUUUAAUACACUUGAAGAUCUAAACGUGUCAUCCACAACAGAAAAUCCAGCGCAAGCGAACCCAUUCAGUUUUGAUGGUAUCUUUGAGCCUUACAAAGACCUGUUUGAUGAAUAUCGGCAAUUACUUAUACAUUUUCCUAGCCAGGAAAAUGUCAGUGAUACUAGCAUAAGCGAUAUGUCUGCAAACGGGGCAUUUUCUCAGAUGAUGCUUUUUGAUCUAGCCAUGCAAAAUUCCCGCAGAUUAGAACACAUGGAGACGUCAAAAGAUUUCUUAAGCAAUUUGAUUAUGAAUAUAAACAACAUGCGAAUGGUCCCAUCUGAACUUGCAGCUUUUUUCGUCCGCAUGAUGCUAGAACCCGUAGACGAUGAAGCUGAGAUUCCUUUAUACAUGCGUCAAUGUUGGGGUAGAGGUUUUAAAUCUAAGCUUACGGAGACUGCUAUCAAAGUAGAAGAUUUGCUAUAUUCUGUUGUUAAACAAAGUAUAGGAAGCAAUCGCUCAAUUCCAUGCGCUCAAUCACUUUUUGAAAUUUUUCUGGAUGAUUACUUUCAAGAAUUAAAAAUAAACACAAAAAAUGAAAGUGCGCGAAACGAAAAUUCGACGGACAUUCUUGAAAGUAAGAAAAGGAGGUGUAUACGUUGGAAGUUACUGAGUGGUGAAGUUUUGUGCUUUCAUUCUGAAUAUAAUUCUACUGAUCCUUUCAUCCAGUUGAAAAUCAGGUUCGAAUGGGCUCGCAACUUACUAUUGAGAUUGCUAGGGUCUCCCAAUGAUUCAAUCGUUGAAACCUUUUUGAAGAUAAAAAACAUUCUCAUACAACACCACAUAUCCUUUGAACUUUUGAACAGCCACUGCAUGCCUGACAUAAAUAUUGAUGUGAUCGAUUUUGAAUUGUCAAAGCUGCAAACCAUUGAAUUUUUCAACACGCUGUUCAUGAAUACUAAAUUACUGGAUUAUAAUGCAGUAAUAGAGAACUUGGAGCCAGUAUUGUUAUGCAAAGGAUCUGUUUCGAAUGAUAAUCAGUCGUAUCUAAUAUCACAGUUUUUGGUAAAGACAUCUACGGAGUUCCAAAUUCAUCUAUGGGGCUUACUUAGAGAAGCCUUUAACUCAGCUAAUCGACCCUAUGAAUCUAUACUUUGCUCUUUUUAUCCACUGCAACUUGUUCUAAAAAGACUUGGUUCUGUGCCCUUCAGUACUCAAAAUGCUGACCGCCGAAAGGCUGAAUUGCUUGGAAUGCUGAAAUUAAUAUCUCACCUUUUACAGUCUAUUUGGCAUGUCAUUCGGAAAACCCCGGAAUUAUUAGAUGGUCUUUCCUUUGAGACAACUCUUGAUAAUAUGAAAGUCAUUAUCAUUUACCUGAAACUUUUCUCCGUAUAUGCUGGUAUAGAUGAUGUUAUUGCUGAUGAUAGAGUCCCAAAGCCCCUAAACCUUGAUUUUGAUUCGUAUGGUCAAAAUGUUAAAGACACUUUACUAAGUUCUUGGUGUAUAUUCUACAGGCUUUGCGCAAGACUUUUACAGGAUGAAAUUGUAAAAGUCGAAUCAAAAAAGGUACUGCCUAAUAUUUUAACUUUAAUUCAUUCACAGUUCUCAUUUCGGGGCUAUUGCGGUUUUGCGAACGGCUCUUUUUUGGAAUUAUCGCAGACGGAAUGUCAAAAAUUGGAUGUUUGGGAAAACGAAAACGAAAUUCUUCAAUGUGUGUUUUGCCGCUUUGGCUUGAUGAUUGGUAGCGAAUACUAUCUUCCUCAAGACCAUCAGUCUCCUAAAAGAGAAUUCUCUCGUGAAGACGCCGUAGCUUUAGUACCUUUUGUCUUAGGGUUUGCCGUAAAGCGUUCACAUGGAUGGAUUAUGCCUCGAUCUGAUCAAAAGCAUGCUUUUGAAACAAUUUGUGAUAAAAUUGGGCCUCCUAAUGAAGAUGUAAUGGAUAUAUAUCUCAACAAGUCUUCUAUAAGCAACUAUUUGGAAACAGAUAUUACUGCGAAACAUGUGAAGUUUUCACUUGUUGGACGGAAUUUAUUAAAACUACAGGAAGUAUCAUCAAAACAUGUUAGUGAUACACUUCGUAACAUGUACUAUUCUCAAGCUCAGGUAUUGCUUGGUUAUUAUAGAGCCAGGCUAAAAGGUACCAGGUGCAUAACGGAAUUGAACAAGGCAGCCACUUAUGCCCUAAUGGAUUUGUAUAUAAACCCUUUCCGGCAGGACUCAUGGUAUACCGCUGCAGUGCUUUAUCUUACUUUGGCCGAUGAAGAGUUAUCGUGGAGUGCAGAUUUGAUUGGAAUGGAUGAAGAGCAAAUUAUCGAUUAUCAACGAAAGGGCUUACUUUGCUAUUUAAUGGCUAUUUCACUGAAACCUGUUGCAGAUGACUCUUACAAAUCGCAGUUGUACUUCGAUUUUGGAGCGUGCUUUUACUCGAUAGCCCGUCCUCCUUUAGAGAUGAGUGCUUUUUACUCCUUAGAGAGUCGAGUUAUCAGUGGUAGUUCAGGACUAUUCAGUGUGCCUUUCAAGGCGAUUACUUCAAAGCAAGCUAUAGCAAUUGCUGCUGAUUUCUUGUCAAAAUCGUUCAGAUUAAAGAAAGAUUGGAAAGUUGCAAUUAUGUUAGCUAAGUCUAUACGUAAACUCGGAGAUAUGGCUACUGCUCUAGAAUACUUUGAGGAAGCUACCAAUAUUGCGCCUAAGAAAGGAGGAAGUGGAUCUCAACAAACGUUGCUUUUAGAGCCUCAUUAUGCAUUGCUUUCCAAUCUUAGCAAAGCUAUUAUUGAAAAUCUUAUGCCCAUUAAGAUUAUAUUCCAAUAUCUGACAAGAAUUCAUUUUCCACCUAAAAAUAAUCCAGAGUUCAUAGCUGCAUAUGAACACGAGGAGGACAUGGAUCCCAAUUUGGUAAUAAACCAAAUCCUUUUAGCAAUCCAAGAACUUCGUUCGGUUGACAAACAGUCGUGGCAGCAUCGACCAACUUAUAGAAUAGCUAAGCUAUUGGAUCAUCUUGGGCAAUUCGAGGAGGCUAAAAAGGAAAUGGAAAAGCUCAUAUCUUUCAAGUCGUCAGGAAAAUCUUUGGUAAAUAUUUGGAGGACCUAUUAUGAGCGACCAGGCCGGUAUUUCUAUUAUGGUACUGUCUAUAGCAAGUUUUUCAUCUCAUUACUUUACAAAACAAAUGACGAUGCAAAUUUGCUUCAAUUUAUGAGGAGGUUUAGAAGGUCUUCUCCCUCAAUAUAUGACCAUCGAAACAUCUGGCUUAACAUCACGAGUAAAUAUAUUAACGACUUACGCGACAAUCACUCAAUCAUUGAACUCAAAGAAGAACAAAGAGAGCUAAUGCCAGUCAGUGAAUUUAAUGUCAUAUACGAAAAAGUUUCGAAUUUGGGUGAGCAACAGUUGUCAUUGCUCAUACAAGUUUACGAAUUACGAAAAUUGAAUAAUGGACUGUAUCCUACAACAAAGCUUGACGAUUUUUUAAUAGAUUGCUUUAUGGAUCUUUAUGGAAAAACAAUGUCAGCAAUUUUGUCUUCGGAUCCUGACUUUGUGAAAUCUUUGAAUGAAAAGAACUCUAUACAAGCACAGGAAGGGUCAGCGAAAAAUAAAAGCACGAACAUUACUCGGAAGGAAAUAAUAUCAAAAAUUAUUCAUAUGUGUCGUCCGUCUAAAGAUUCAACUAAUCGUGAGCUCGCAUCAAGGCCAUCACAAGCUUCUUUGUCGAAUACUUCGUCUUUUGUGGAUAAUGGUUCUGAUAUUGAACAAGAAACAGAAGGAAAUUAG